UCCUUCAGUCAGCUGAUUCUGCUGAGCGGCAGCAGCAGAAGAAGCAGCCGUUAGCACUUAGCUAGCUACUGUAAACAAAGCUCGUCCACAAACACCUGAGAUCAAAGCGAGAAGAGAUGAAGAGAAAUAAACUUGAACUGAAGUGAGUUCAAACUUUAACCAGCAGUUUAAUCUGUAGUUAGCGGGUUAGUUAGCUAGUUAACCAACUAACUACCACAACAAGCUAAAGUUAUCGUUGACCGUCUUCGAUGUUUAAACUCAUUUAUUCUUUGUUUUAAACUUUUAUUUCAAACUCUGAGGUGAUUUACUUUAAAUGUUGUAUUCCUUUGAUCUUUGGAAACCAGCGGAAUUCACGCGAACUCUGCUAGCAUUAGCUUAGCUCCAGCGCAAAACCCUCCGAUCUGAGCGGGGCUCUGGUUCGUCUGUGUCCGGGUGUCGGUGCAGCUCCGCCGGUCAGUCAUGAGCCGGACUGCGGCCUGACGGGACCAUAAUGGCCGCAGAGCUGUUCCCCGGGAAGAAGCUGCUCCCUCCGGCCUCCGUCAGCCACCUCCAGCGGCAGAACGAGACCAACAACAACCUCCACCCCGGAGCUCCGAGCUGCUGCACCUGGCAGGGCCUGUACCCGACCGUCCGGGAGAGAAAUUCAGUCAUGUUCAACAAUGAGAUGAUGGCAGACGUUCACUUCGUGGUCGGGCCGCCCGGUGGGACGCAGCGAGUCCCGGGACACAAGUACGUCCUGGCGGUAGGCAGCUCUGUGUUCCACGCCAUGUUCUACGGUGAACUGGCCGAGGAUCAGGAUGAGAUCCGGAUCCCGGACGUGGAGCCUCCGUCCUUCCUCGCCAUGUUGAAGUACAUCUACUGUGACGAGAUCGACCUAUGCGCCGACACGGUGCUCGCCACUCUCUACGCUGCCAAAAAGUACAUCGUGCCUCAUCUGGCCCGGGCCUGCGUCAACUUCCUGGAGACGAGCCUGAGCGCUAAGAACGCCUGCGUGCUGCUGUCUCAGAGCUGCCUGUUCGAGGAGCCCGACCUGACGCAGCGCUGCUGGGAGGUGAUCGACGCGCAGGCCGAGCUCGCUCUGCGCUCCGAAGGCUUCUGCGACAUCGACACUCAGACACUGGAGAGCAUCCUGCGGCGAGAAACGCUCAAUGCCAAAGAGAUGGUGGUGUUCGACGCGGCGCUGAACUGGGCUGAGGCCGAGUGCCAACGACAAGAUCUCGCACCAACCAUCGAGAACAAGCGUCUGGUGUUGGGGAAGGCCAUCUACCUGAUCCGCAUUCCCACCAUGGUGCUGGAGGACUUCGCCAACGGAGCCGCCCAGUCUGAUGUGCUCACGCUCAACGAGACCAACGACAUCUUCCUUUGGUUCACCGCCGCCAAGAAGCCUGAACUCUUGUUCUGCACCAAACCUCGUAAAGGCCUGUCGUCGCAGCGCUGUCACCGCUUCCAGUCCUGCGCCUACCGGAGCAACCAGUGGCGGUACCGAGGCCGCUGCGACAGCAUCCAGUUCGCCGUGGACAAACGCGUUUUUAUCGCUGGUUUUGGUUUGUACGGCUCCAGUUGCGGCUCGGCCGAGUACAGCGCCAAAAUCGAGCUGAAGCGUCAGGGCGUGCCGAUGGCCCAGAGGAUCAUCAAGUACUUCUCUGACGGCUCCAGCAGCACCUUCACAGUCUGGUUCGAGUACCCGGUGCAAAUCGAGCCGGACACCUUCUAUACCGCCAGCGUCGUGCUGGACGGCAACGAGCUCAGCUACUUCGGUCAGGAGGGCAUGACAGAGGUGCAGUGUGGGAAAGUGACCUUCCAGUUCCAGUGCUCGUCGGACAGCACCAACGGCACCGGAGUGCAGGGGGGUCAGAUCCCCGAGCUCAUCUUCUACGCCUGAGCCCGAGGAGCGAGAACACUGCGGAGAUUCCUGCUUCACUGCCACAAUGACUUUUAUUUUGAAGUUCUCAGGAAGCUGCUGAAGGGGGACUCCUGGUUUCACCACAGACACAAGACGAGUCUGAUUGGUCACAUUCCAUCACAGUUGAAGUUUGAACCCUGUCUCUCAGAGAGGGGUCUUAUGGGUAACCUGUGGUUGCAGAGUCUAUAUACACACACACACACACACACACACACACACACACACACACACACACACACACACACACACACACACACACACACACACCUCUUCACUGUAAAGGACCAGUCUGACAUUUAUUCUGUAAGUUUGCUGUCGUCAGUGAAUCUUGACGAAUGUUUGUUCAGAUCAGAGACUGUAAAUAAAGAUGGACACCAUGACGGAUCCCGAGUGAAGCCAAAGUGAUUGAUCGCCCCCUGGUGUCUGGCUGCAGCAUAGGUCAUAGACGUCCUCCAUGUUAGCAGAGGGGACAUGGAC